ACUCCACGUGCGAGGCCGAGGCGCUGGCGGGGACCGAUGCUGUCUUCUGGGUGCGUUAAGGAAGAGCAGAGAAACAAGGAGGAGUAGAAGAGGACACUUUUCGUAGGCAGAGGACAAGUUAUUCUUAUUUUACAAAAAUGAAACAACUGGAGCCUAAAUAUUGGUACUUAAAAGUGCACAUGGACUACGAGAAGAAAUACCUACCAUUUCCAUUAACGGCAGAACUUGUCAAAGUAGUCGUUGUCGGCGCAAUAGAUAUAAUGUUUGGGGAGUUGUCCUCCUGUUUACCACUCGAUGUACUGAAGUUUAACGAGAAGACUGGAAUAGUGAUCCUCAGAGUUCCGAAGGACAAUUAUGCCAAGGUACGGGCUGCCCUAACAGUGUGCCCUUCCAUGAGAGUCGGCAAGGUCGAUGUCCCUGUUAUUUAUACCACACAACAAGCCUCCUCCUGUCUCCUGUCCUUAGCUGGCCCGGAGCGGAGUGUUAUAUGAGUGCGCUUAGUGUUAAGGGCAUGGAUUGUGAUGAGACAGAUUGUGUGGUAUUUUUUGUUAAGUAAUACGGAAAUGUUUGAUUGUGAGAAAUGAAACUGUUCAUUUUUCUUUUUGUAUGUUGAGAAAAGAUAAAGAAGAUUAGAUUGAUGUACUAUUUUUCACACAUAGUAGAUUAGCAGACAUGAUUUUACCUUUUUGAUUAAUAAAAUUAUUUUUGAGA